AGUCUGAUGGUACCAUGGGACUGACAAGAAUCAAGAGAAACCAAUCAUACAUGACGCCUGAAGUGGAUGGCGGCGACCGUGUCUAAUCAAAGAAUGCCCCAGGGACAAUCAACGGUAGAGAUUCUGGCGCUGCUGUAUUGAACUUCGCCACGGCAAUAAAAGGUGAUCGUUUCGGAACAUCUGAAGCAUCAAUACAGAUGGACCAGCAGCAGCAGGGCCAGUCCUACAUGCUUGCCAGUCUGACGCGACCCCACUCCGAGCAGCUGUUGCAGGGCCUCCAGCUGCUCCGCCAGGACCAUGAGUUGUGCGACAUCGUGCUGCGGGUGGGCGAUGCCAAAAUCCACGCCCAUAAAGUGGUGUUGGCCAGCAUCAGCCCCUACUUCAAGGCCAUGUUCACGGGCAACCUGUCGGAGAAGGAGACCUCCGAGGUGGAGUUCCAGUGCAUCGACGAGACUGCAUUACAGGCUAUUGUAGAGUACGCCUACACCGGAACAGUCUUCAUCUCCCAGGACACGGUGGAAUCACUCUUGCCGGCUGCCAACCUCCUUCAGGUCAAGUUGGUACUGAAGGAGUGUUGUAGCUUCCUGGAAAGCCAGCUGGAUGCCGGGAACUGCAUUGGCAUCUCCCGCUUCGCCGAGACCUACGGCUGCCACGACCUGUGCCUGGCCGCCACCAAGUUCAUCUGCGAGAACUUUGAGGAGGUGUGCCAGACGGAGGAGUUCUUUGAGCUGACUCGCACCGAGCUGGAUGAGAUCGUCUCCAACGACUGCCUAAAGGUGGUCACCGAGGAGACGGUGUUCUUCGCUCUGGAGUCGUGGAUCAAGUACGACCUGUCGGAGCGGCAGCAGCACCUGGCCCAGUUGCUGCACUGCGUGCGCCUGCCACUGCUCAGCGUCAAGUUCCUCACGCGCCUCUACGAGGCCAACCACCUGAUCCGCGACGACCACGCCUGCAAACACCUGCUCAACGAGGCGCUCAAGUACCACUUCAUGCCAGAGCACCGGCUCUCCUACCAGACGGUGCUGUCCACGCGACCCCGCUGCGCCCCCAAAGUCCUGCUAGCCGUCGGGGGCAAAACUGGACUCUUUGCCACACUUGAGAGCAUGGAGAUGUACUUUCCUCAGACGGACUCGUGGAUCGGUCUGGCUCCGCUAAGCGUGCCCCGCUACGAGUUUGGUGUGGCGGUCCUGGACCAGAAGGUCUAUGUGGUGGGCGGCAUCGCCACGCACAUGCGCCAGGGCAUCAGCUACCGGCGGCACGAAAGCUCCGUGGAGCGCUGGGACCCCGACAGCAACACGUGGUCGUCGGUGGAGCGCAUGGCCGAGUGCCGGAGCACGCUGGGAGUGGUGGUGCUGGCGGGGGAGCUGUACGCGCUGGGCGGCUACGACGGACAGUACUACCUGCAGUCGGUGGAGCGCUACGCACCCAAGGUGAAGGAGUGGCAGCCUAUUGCACCCAUGACGGAGUCGCGCAGCUGCUUCGCCACCGCCGUGCUGGACGGCAUGAUCUAUGCUAUCGGGGGCUAUGGCCCAGCACACAUGAACAGUGUUGAGCGCUACGACCCGAGCAAAGACGCCUGGGAAAUGGUAGCCCCCAUGGCAGACAAGCGCAUCAACUUUGGGGUGGGGGUCAUGCUUGGCUUCAUCUUCGUGGUGGGUGGGCACAACGGUGUGUCCCACCUGUCCAGCAUCGAGAGGUACGACCCGUACCAGAACCAGUGGACCGCCUGUCGACCCAUGAAUGAGCCUCGCACAGGAGUUGGGGCCGCCGUAGUAGACAACUACCUCUACGUGGUUGGGGGUCACUCUGGGUCAUCGUACCUGAACACCGUGCAGCGCUAUGACCCCAUCACGGACAGCUGGCUGGAUUCCAGCGGCAUGAUGUGCUGCCGCUGUAACUUUGGCCUAACCGCCCUUUGACCCUAGGAGUGUCCACGGAAGGACUCUCUCCAGAGAGGGGCGCCAAGGAUGAAGAAGGAAAAAAAAUCGAAUGGUUUUCUUUUGGGGUUUGUUUCUGUUCCAUGUCCUCUACGCCGUCCCGAUGAUCCUCAUUUCGCUCUGUAGUGGCGGAGGGGAGGCAGGGGGCUGGGGUGCAGUCUGAAACGCUCCCCCCUGUUGGACGGGAGGAGUAAGUGCAUGCAGGUUGAAGCAGCCAAAAACUGGCAUCAGAGACCACAAAGAUGACCAGAGACCGAGACCAGCUGAGGAAGAGGAGGAAUAGGAGGACGAGGACGAGGAGGUACACACGGAUCACAGGAGACGCUCUGGGACCUUCGAGGAGGAGAAAAUGUGUGUUGUCUUUCUCUUUACCGCCUGUAUUUGGGGUCCAGUAAAAGACUCUCUGAGCCAUUUGACAGGAUUAUAGGAGAAUUCAGUCACUUUGCUUUCUCCUUCAGCAUUUUCUUUUCUCCUGUGUUGGUUUAGUUUUGUUUUCAUUUUUCUCAUGUGGUAACACCAGACCUGUGUCUCAGUCUCUCACUCCUGACACACCUGUUUGUGUUCUGUCGUUGCUCACUUAGCUCUAAGAAGAGCCUUAGUUCGAAAGUCUGUUUUAGUUAUUUAAAGUAUGUUGGGUCAGUGCGUGCGUGUGUGGGUGCACGUGUGUGUGCGCGUGUGUGUGCGCGACAAGGUGGCUAGGCCCAACCCAGUGGUGAUGCUUCUGGCUGAACCUAAUAUUUCUGCAUUGAAGAUCUGUGCUUCACAAAAAAAGAUGGAAAAAAGAUGACCUAAUGUUAAUUUGUUCUUUACACUCACUUAAAAGGGCUGCCUUUAUCUCUCUAUAUCUCUCUCUUGUAAAUAAUGUAAGUGAAGAAAAGAAUAUAUAGAUAUACAGCCCUGGAAAAAAAUUAAGAGACCAGUGCAAAUUUUCCUGAGGUCAUCCUACAGUUGCUGAGUGACAUUGAGUUGACGGUCCUGUUCAAAUUGAAAGACCGCUGCAAAUUUGAAUAUGGCAUCAAUUCAUUCGAAUGUCACUCAGCAACCGUAGGAUAACAUCAAAAAAAUGUGCAGUGGUCUCUUAAUUUCGUACUGUGCUGUAUAUUCAUGAUAGGUUAAUUAAUUAAUAUAUCCUCUAGUGCAUUGCCUGUAAAUGUUUCCUGCACUGUGUGUGUGUGUGUGUGUGUGUGUAUGUGUGUGUGUUUGUGGGGGGGCCGUGUGUGACCUGAGCUCAUGGAGUUGUGGUGAUUUGCGAGUUCAUGAAUCCCAUUAAGUUUUCUUGAGAAUUCUUCCAGCAUACCACUUCUACACCUGUAGCACUUCAGCACCCAUCACUCCCUGCCCUCCUGUUUUGCUUGUCAGCUCUCUCUGUGUGUGUGUGUGUGUGUGUGUGUGUGUGUACGAAAGUGUAUCUCAUCCCAUAAUUGCUGAAAAGCAUUGAAAAGUAACCAUACCACACUUGCAACUUCUGUACAUGUGACUGCUCCUACUAAAUACUUUAAUGGUGCUAUUUUUAGGAUUCAGGAUUUUUUGUGUUCAUGGUCUCACACUGUGGGACUGACUUCAUGGCAUUGUGUUUCAUUAUGGUAAAUAGGUCACUUGUUUACCUGUUGGAGAGGGGCAGGGAAGCUUGCUUAACAAGUCCAUGCAAUAAGAGAGAGAGAGAGAGUGUGUUUGUGUGUGUGUGUGUGUGUGUGUGUGUGUGUAUGUGUGUGUGUCAUAACGGAAAGGUCACAAAGAGACUUUGAUGUCAAAGAGGUUCAGACUGUAUAUAUAUAUAUCUAUGGUCCAGACCAGGGGACUCCAAAUGCAGUCUUUGCCCCAUCUCUGCUGCCAUCCUAGGCCAUUAACAGGGCUAUAUUAUUUAAUGAAAGGCUUGUUUGAAUUUGGAUUGCUGUGUUGGCAUGUUCCAUGCACACAGGUCUUAGCACGAUUUUCUUAUCUGUGUUGUCGUCGUCGUCGUCGUCCCCCCCCCCUCCAGUAUCUAAGCCUAGAGUGUGGCAUCUUUUUCUCUUUUUAAAUCUUUUUUUUUUUUACUCAAACAGGAUAUUUAGCUUCCUACUUCAUUAAACAUGCACAGGCCUUCUGAUGACAAAGUGCCAAGACACACAGAUUCACGCUUACUAAAAACAAAUCUCACCUUUUUGUUCCAAAUUUAGACCGUAUCACACACUAGCAACUAUGUUAAAGCCAGGGCUCCGCAUGGCAGCACCUGUCUUGUGUAAUAUUCUUCAUUGUGUGCUUUCUCACAUGGUAAGCCCUCAGCAUGGGAAAGGCUCCUGCCCUCUCAUUUGCUCUGCCUUUAGCAAGGGAGUGGUCUUAAUGUAGUCUGGUCAGGGAACUAAUCCUCUCCAAAACCCUGAAAAGUUGGUGGUGGGAUCAGCAUCCCACACCCUCCCCCUCUCCAAAAAAAAUGUCAGUGGUCUUGCACCUCUGUUUACCUGGUUUUAAAAUUCAGGGCAAAGGGAAUAUCAACAGACAUUUGUUUGUGUGUGUGUGUGUGUGUGUGUGUGUGUGUGUGGGAGAGAGAGAGAGGGAGAAAGAGUGUGUGAGUGGGUGUGAGUAUGUAUGUGCGCACUUUUCCAUUGUACAUUAAAAUCAACAUUAGUGUGUGUGUAUGGGGCUGUCUUUACUAUGGGAUGCUGUGUUGCACUUACCAAACCAUUUGAUACUUUGUAAGUUGUACAUAGUGAAAUCGGUUGGGGAUGUAUGGCAUUUAGAUGAUGCAAUAAGACUUUCUUGGAUGACCUAUUGACCUAUCUUUGUGUCCACUAAAAGCCAAGGUGUUUCUGAUAUAGCUGUGACCUAAUGUGUGGCAUGUCAAUGUGUGUGUUUGUGUCGGCAACUGUUUGUGAAUUGUCAGGUGAAGGCAGGAGUCUUACAAGAGUUUGUGGUGUACUCUGUGUUUUUUUUGUUUUUGUUUUGUUUUUGGUUCAUUUCUUGUUUCUUGUUUACUUCUUUUUAUUGUCCAUUUCACUUCUCACGCCAAUUCUUAACUUAUUUGACCAGUUGAACUUGAGCUGCUGUUUGACUGAAGCAGAUAUUCAUUUGUGAGACACUGUUAUAAUCACUGUUUUUGUUUUUGUUUUUGUUUGUUUGUUUUUGUUUUGUUUUGUUUAUUUUCAUCCAAAUAUUUCAAUGAAAUGGCCUCAGAUUCAUAAUCCAUCGCACUACGUUAGAUCCCUUUCAGUUCUUUUCUGCUGAUCAGAAGAAGCUUACGGUCAUCGUAACUUGAGUUUUUUUGCGCUGUAUCUAUUUAUUAGUUUAGGGCCAGUGCCCUAGGCCUACACUGUUGAGAGACAUCAUCUAUAAGGUCUUAGUCUUUUGAGGCUUUGGGACUUCUACUUUAUUCUUUUAUCAGAGUUGGUAUAGAACAUUGCACCCGCCAUCUUGAUUGAGGCACUCUAAAGCUGGAGUAGACACCAGACAGAGUGUGACGAAUGACUUAACUGUUAUGGCACAGGGAAUGUUUUGUUAAUGGCAGGCCCUUCAUUUAUCACUCUAAUGUAAUUGUCAUUCAAGCAGCCAGUGUUGCUGAUGGCUUUAAGUUGUGUUUGUGGAUACAUUACUCUGACGUUAAGCUACUUUAGGUGGCUUUCCUAGUAGCCUUGUUCGCUUCUGCUCCAUUUGAUCAUUUGCUGCCUCAAUGUAGUUUGGAUGCUUUGAACAUGGCAUUCAUUGUCUUCAAAAAUGUCAUAUUAAUAUCCCACAUGUGGACUUUUCAAAAAUGAUUAUUAUUAUUAUUACAUUUGCAAGCUAGCAGUUGAGUUAGCUUGUGAUCAUUUCAAGUCUCUUAAAAACAGGUGUCUUUCAGCUUCAGAUUACUUUUAAGCACAAAUAAGAAUGCACAUGCCUUCUUAUUAUGUAUGGUGAAAGUGAAUUUUAUUAUGCCCACCCAUUCCAAAAGUUUGUGUUGUACAUGCAAGCAAUUCAAACGGCAUCUGUCGUAGAUUACUCGAUGUCAAGUUUGUGUGUAACUCUCGCACUGAGAUUUCAAUCUGUGGCCCACUUGCUUCUGUGACAUCGACUUUAAGCAUAAGCAAUCAAGACCAGUCAUGACUAGAUGAAGUCACCCUUAAAUAUGAACACAUGAAUAAGACUGUUUAGUCUUUUACAAGCAAUAAAAGAUGCUUCCUAGCAGACAGUAGGUUGAGUUGGCUUGUUUUAGUAUGAAGUCGCGCUGCUACCAUUUCCGCUGUUAUGUGAUUACUGGGAACUGUGUCAUGACCGAUGUCAUCCUUAUUGAAUGGUCAAAGAAAUCAUUUUCAAAGCGACAUAUUGGUUUCUCCUAUUUUGGUAUUGUCAAGCUGCUCUGCUUUUGUAAUUUUGUAACUUUUUUUCCCAUUUUAAGUGAAAAAUGUUUGAUGUGAAGCAAUAGAUAUUUCAAUUCUAUUGUUCAGUUGACCAGUGUUCAUCUGUGUGGUGUUUGAAAGGAGCUUUAGACCGACUACUUAUUGCAGUGUCAUGGGUGGCACCCAUUUCUAUUGUUUGGCUCAUUUCAAAUCAAGAUCCGGUCAUUGGCUUUUAGGUCAAAUAUGUAUACUUUGGCUCUUGCCCCUUUUUUUUCAAAAACUUGCAUGUACAUAAAUAGCAGAUACUAACCCUUCUUUGAAAGGACUUGUAUCCAUGGAGCUCAACCUUGAAAACUCUACAACUAUGUUGUGGUAAACAGAAUGUGGUCAUAUUCUGACGCAAAAUUCUCUCAUACACGCACACACAUUGAAAGAAGUAACCCAUUUGUGAUUAAGGCUUCUGUUGACCACACAGGCAUCAUCAAGGUUCCAUCCCUGUACAAAAUAAAUGUUGUGAUGGGAGAUGUCCACAAACUUGACCUGCCUCUUCAGAGUUGGCUUCUUUGGCCAUUUCCACCACUGCAAGAAGGUGAACUCAUGGCCAUAUAUGUAAUCUGAAAACGUGAAACUGCAAAAUGAAGGGAUAUGUAUGUAUGAUUGUUUGUAUGUGUGUAUGUAUAUAUGUGUGUGUUUUAUAUAUUUUUGUUUGUGUUUUCUUAUUUAUCAUGGCCUAACCAUGUCCUGCUUUGCCACCACUCACCAAAGUGCUUGUUUUUUUUACAACAGAAUGAGGACUGAUAUCAAGUAUGGAGGUGAACAAAAAGGACUGUGUAGGUUUGUGAGAUCGUUAUUUGAAAAACUGAUGUCAAUGUUAGCCAAAUGUCAAUGUAACAACCUUGCUUCUUUUUACAUUUCACAUGGGUGUGUCUGAACGUUGUCUGAAUUCAGUUGAUGUUGAAUUUGACGGACCUGUGGAUUAUUACUGGAAUUAAGAUGGGUGAUACCCAGGUAGAGUUGGACUCUGGUCCCGGCCAACCAGAUCCACAACAGAUCAUUGCCGGGUCAGCUUAGAGGUCCAGUACUGCUUGAGUAGAAGCAGAAUUUUCCAACACUUAACAAGCAGAGUGAAUUUGAGUUCUGCCAGUUUAUUUAUCUGUGUGGUGCAAUUGUACCGAGUUAAGACAAAAUAAAAUGCCUGCCUUACAAGGUUAUGUC